CAUCAUCCAAAAUCUUACCAGAUCGGUUGGACAAGUUGAACUGCACUUUUUCUCCGACGCUUCAGAACACGGGUUUGGUGCUGUAGCUUACCUUCGAUAUGCACCAACAUCGCAGAACAUUACAUGCUCCUUUGUGGCAGCUAAGACUCAUGUGGCUCCAUUACAACCUGCACUUACAAUACCGAAGUUGGAACUACAGGGAGCAGUGUUAGCUGUGCGGCUAUAUUUAGCAUUGAGAGAUGAACGCACUGUGCCUGUGGCAAGUGUGAAAUUUUGGACUGAUUCAAACACUGUUCUACAAUAUAUUAACAAUGAGGCAAGGAGAUUUAAACCAUUUGUUUCCAACAGGAUCUCUGAGAUACUUGAAGUCACUAAGAGUGAGCAAUGGCAACAUGUGCCAUCACUUGAAAACCCCGCUGACCACUGCACACGUGGACUGUCAGGAAAACACAUACACUUUUCUCACUCUUGGUUUCAAGGCCCUGAAUUCUUGAAACGGGAAGAAAGCACAUGGUUGACAGAAACACAGAAUUCUACUGAUUGGGAACUGAGUGAUGAUGAUCCUGAGAUUAAGAGACAUCAUGUGUUAAACACAGUGACUGACCAUUGUGAAACAGCUGAGAAGAGUAUUUGCAAGGAAUUGGAAAUAUCAAGCUUGCUGAACCCUGCAGACUUUUCUUCAUGGCAAAGACUAUGUCGACGCACAGCAUGGAUAUUACGUGCUAUGCGCAACUUCCUAUCCUCUGUGAAACGCCUAAAGCUCUCCUCAAUUAAACACUCAUGUCUUCUACCUUCAGAAUAUGAUGAAGCAAAGCUUUGCUGGGUACAGGAAUCACAAAAGGAAGCAUUUCACACUGAAUUGGACAGUUUUCAGCAUGGCAAGGUACUGAUUGAAAAAAGCAAACUCCAACCUUUAUGUCCAUUUUACGAUGGCCGACAUCUGAGAGUAGGUGGAAGAUUGCGAAAGGCUCAUAAGCCAUCAGAAACUAAACACCAGCUAUUGUUACCUUACAAUCACCAUAUCACAAAGCUUAUUCUACAGGAGGCUCACAUUCAUACUGCCCAUGGUGGCUCGGAGCAUAUGAUCUCAACUGUUCGUCAGCGAUACUGGGCGAUCAGUGCAAGGAGAAUGGCUAAACAAACCAUCAGUAAUUGUCUCGACUGUAGAAAGCGGCGUGUAAUACCCCAUGUGCCCAGAAUGGCAGAUUUACCUUCAUUUCGUCUCAAUGCUUCAGCAGGUACAUUCGUUCAUACUGGUGUUGAUUAUUUUGGACCCAUGUUUGUGAAAUUCCGGCGAGGUUCCAUCAAAAGGUGGGGAUGCCUUUUUACCUGCUUGUCUACAAGGGCGGUUCACAUAGAACUAGCUGAUUCUCUGGAAACGGACGACUUCAUUCUACUCCUGCGACGAUUUAUUGGUAGACGGGGUCACCCUCAACACAUCUACAGUGAUAAUGGGACUAAUUUCAAGGGAGCAGAUAAUGAAUUAUCUCAAUGCCUGUCAGAGUUCAAGCAAGAUAAAAUUGGCGAUUUUCUUGCUCCACAAGGAAUUCAGUGGCAUUUCAUCCCUCCACACAGCCCACACUUCGGAGGUGCAUGGGAGAGGUUGGUCCGUUCAACAAAGACUGCUCUCAGAGCUACUCUGUCGAGCAUUGUGUGUUGGGGAUCUUGUGUUGAUUGUUGUUGACAACCAACCGCGUGGUAACUGGGAGCUCGGUAGAGUAUGUGCUAUCUUCCCUGGUGAUGAUGGGAGGAUCCGGACUGUGAAGGUGAAAUCUAAAAGUGGUGAAUAUAUUCGUCCUGCGAGGAAGAUAUGUGUGCUCGAAGAAAAUGUCUCGACACAAAAUGAUUCUAAAGAAACCAUGUAAUGCAUGAUUUAUUUUGCAAAGUGAGUUGAGACCAUGAACUGUGAAAUGUGACUCUGUCAGGGGGGUGGUGGUGGUUAUGUUCGAAAUCUAAGUGUAUGUUUAUUGUGCGGUUUGCGCUGUUUGCUUUGAGGCAGAAGAGUUGCCUCCCUUGAGUGUUGGGGCAGAACAAACAAACACGGACACGGACA